AUGAUUGAGGAAAGUGGCAACAAGCGGAAGACCAUGGCAGAGAAGAGGCAGCUGUUCAUAGAAAUGCGUGCUCAGAAUUUUGAUGUCAUACGACUGUCAACCUAUAGAACAGCUUGCAAAUUAAGAUUUGUGCAAAAACGAUGUAACCUUCAUCUUGUUGAUAUCUGGAACAUGAUAGAAGCCUUCCGAGAUAAUGGCCUUAAUACACUGGACCAUAAUACUGAGAUCAGUGUGUCCCGCCUUGAAACCAUCAUCUCAUCCAUCUACUACCAGCUGAACAAACGCCUUCCUUCCACUCACCAGAUCAGCGUGGAACAGUCCAUCAGCCUUCUCCUCAACUUCAUGAUUGCUGCGUAUGACAGCGAGGGCCGAGGCAAGCUGACGGUUUUCUCUGUGAAAGCGAUGUUAGCGACCAUGUGUGGUGGGAAGAUGCUGGACAAGUUGCGAUAUGUUUUCUCCCAGAUGUCAGAUUCCAAUGGCUUAUUGAUAUUUAGCAAGUUUGACCAGUUUCUGAAGGAAGUUCUGAAGCUCCCAACAGCAGUCUUUGAAGGGCCAUCUUUUGGUUACACAGAGCACUCAGUCCGCACCUGUUUCCCACAGCAGAAAAAGAUAAUGCUGAAUAUGUUUUUAGACACGAUGAUGGCUGACCCCCCUCCCCAGUGCCUUGUCUGGCUCUCUCUCAUGCACAGGCUCGCCCAUGUGGAGAAUGUCUUCCAUCCUGUGGAGUGUUCCUACUGCCGGUGUGAGAGCAUGAUGGGCUUCCGGUACCGAUGCCAGCAGUGCCACAACUACCAGCUCUGCCAAAAUUGCUUUUGGCGUGGCCAUGCCAGUGGCCCUCACAGCAACCAACACCAGAUGAAGGAGCAUUCCUCUUGGAAAUCGCCUGCAAAGAAGCUGAGCCAUGCAAUUAGUAAAUCCUUGGGGUGCGUACCCACCAGAGAACCCCCACAUCCUGUUUUUCCUGAGCAACCAGAGAAACCACUUGACCUUGCGCACAUAGUCCCUCCUCGUCCCCUGACAAAUAUGAAUGACACCGUGGUUAGCCACAUGUCCUCUGGAGUGCCCACCCCCACCAAGAGGUUACAGUAUAGCCAGGAUAUCCCCAGUCACUUGGCGGAUGAGCAUGCGCUGAUAGCUUCCUAUGUGGCCCGCCUGCAGCACUGUGCACGUGUCCUGGACAGCCCUAGCCGACUGGAUGAGGAACACCGACUGAUUGCUCGUUAUGCGGCACGGCUGGCUGCAGAGGCAGGAAACGUGACCCGUCCUCCCACUGACUUGAGCUUUAACUUUGAUGCCAACAAACAACAGAGGCAGCUUAUUGCAGAACUGGAAAAUAAAAACAGAGAGAUCCUGCAGGAGAUUCAGCGUCUGCGACUGGAGCAUGAACAGGCCUCCCAGCCCACCCCUGAGAAGGCCCAGCAGAAUCCCACAUUGUUAGCAGAGCUGCGGUUGCUGAGGCAGAGAAAAGAUGAACUAGAACAAAGAAUGUCAGCACUCCAGGAGAGCAGGCGGGAGCUGAUGGUUCAGCUGGAGGGGCUCAUGAAGUUGCUGAAGGCUCAAGCCACAGGGUCUCCACACACGUCGCCCACGCACGGAGGCGGCCGCUCGAUGCCCAUGCCCGUCCGCUCCACGUCCGCUGGCUCCACGCCCACCCACUGCCCCCAGGACUCCCUGACUGGGGUUGGGGGAGAUGUGCAAGAGGCUUUCGCACAAGGUACGAGGAGAAACCUCCGCAAUGACCUGCUGGUGGCUGCUGACUCCAUCACCAACACCAUGUCAUCCCUGGUGAAGGAGCUUCAUUCAGCAGAGGAAGGUGCAGAGGAAGAAGAGGAGAAGAUGCAGAAUGGGAAAGACAGAGGUAAAGGCAGCUCGCCAGGACCCCCGGCUUUAACGGGGAGACAAAGUUAUUGCCCAUGA